AUGAAAAUUGGAAUUCUCUACUUCAUACCGAAGUUUAGAAGGUUGACGUGGAAAAACCCAAAACUCCUUGAAGUUGGAACAAUUACACAAGUUCUUCCCGAAAGGGGUGAUUCUUCGAUCUCUUUACUUCUUUUUUUUUUUUUUUUUUUGUUUCGAAGCUUUAUCAAUCUAUCAUCAAGAAGACGCAGUGCAUUCUUCUUGCUGCAGAUGCAAAUCGACCGCUGCUCGAUCUACCUUUUAAAUGUUUCUUUUUUUCCACAAUUUUUCAUAAACGCGAAGAUUUUUCAUUAUUAUGCAGAAUUGAUUUUUCACAAGGUUUCGCACGCACAUUUUUCAGGCACAAUUUUUCACAUUAACAUGCAAAUUAGAAGUUUGUUUCACAUAGUACACUACAGUUUAUUCACACGACCACGACACCAAUCCUUCCGCUAAAUUUGCAUUUUGACACUUCAGCUACUUUCAGUUUUAUUUCACACUCGUUUUAUAAGGUUUUUAUUUUUUCGCUCAUGAUUUCUCAGGUUUCUAGUACUGCCGUGAGGAUCCCAAUCUGCGAGAACAAAGCGCCCCGCUUUGUGAAGGACGUACAAAGUACUAGACCCCCACGGUUUUUUUUCAAAAAUCAAAUCCCCACCGAUAUAUUUAUACGAUUUGAAUGUCGAUGUCCCCAGCAGGAACACCCUAGAAAUGAAUAGAAAAAAUAGCCCUCUCCAGAUCGAUAGGACCCCGUGCAAGGACUACACAGCCACCCCUGCGUCCGCGUACUCCUGUGGAAGUUUUUUAGUCGUAUUUUUGCGAGAAGAACGAGGGAGAUCAUCAAGGUGGGAUUACAAAGAAAAGUGUCCAGCCUCAAACCAGAGCGGCAAUCGGAAAGAACAAGCCUCGGAACAGAAGUUGUGUUGUCCGCGGGCGUGUGGAAGAAGAUUCAACUGAGAUUCUGUUAUCCGUAGCUACAAGCUUGUUCCUCUCUGCAACCGGAGGUUGAACUUGCAAAAAACUAUAAAAGUCUUCCAGACUGAUGUGAUGUGGAAAGGAUUUUCUUCCCCUCAUUAUCCCCCCACUAAAACGACGCGUUUUGUCUAUCAAUAUGAAGCUGCUGCAAGAA